AUGUGUUCUCCAUUGAAAAAUACUAGAAACCUCUAUAAAGAUGCUGUUUUCCUUUCAGGAGAACCUAGAGGUGGCCAGAAACCGUCGAAAGCAAAGGAUACGGAAAAAGUAGCUGACGAAAAGUUCGAGCCGGUUGUAGAUACAAUAAACUCCCCAAUAUCGCCAAAGGACAAACGGAAAAUUAUGAGAAGGAACGUAGUUCAAGUGCUGACAAAAUCGACUGUGAUGCCAUUUCGUUGGCUGAAGAGUUCCUACAGGUGUUUCUACUGCUACGACAUAUUUCAAGAAGCUAGUGAGCUCAAAAACCACCAGGAAGUCCACAUCGGCGAUGAGAUAAAGGAACAAACAAUGAACAACUUUUGGGAACCUGUUGUUUAUGUGGACAUAUCAAAUUUGUCGUGCAAACUGUGUCCUGCCAGAAUAACUGACUUGUACGAUCUGAUAGACCAUCUAGUCGACAAGCACAAUGUCAUUUACAAUAAAGAUGUAGGCAUAUGCAUGGUAGCUUUCAAAUUAGACAAUAUGUCGGUCAAUUGCCUAGCGUGUGGCGCCUCUUUUUACACUUUCGGUCCUUUGCUCCAUCAUACGAACAAAGAUCACAAGGGCACUUCCGCGAUACUCUGCGACGUGUGCGGCCAACAUUUCAAAGAUGCUCACCUUUUGCGUCUCCACGUAAAGACCGUGCAUGAGAACACCGGGCUUCUCUGCCCGGAAUGUGGAGAGAAAUUUGAGACCAGAUCGAAGCUGAGAACUCAUCAGAAGAACCAACACGAUAUUAACAGUAAACAUAAGUGCUUGGUGUGCUCGCAAACGUUCUCCAGCCAUUACAUGAGGUCGAGACAUAUGGCUGCUGAGCAUAAAAAUCGUGAGGAAAUAAAGUGCUUGCAUUGCCCGAAGACAUUUGUCUUCCGGAGCAUGAUGAUGACCCAUGUGCGCGACACACACUUGAAAAUGAGGAACUACAUUUGUGGUGUUUGUGGGUGGAAGGCUUUCAACAGCCACCGCCUCAAGAAUCACAUGUACAAACACAGUGGCGAGAAGAACUUUAAAUGUGACGUUUGUGGUAAAGCCUUCACGACUAAAAAGAUAAUGAGGGCCCAUUUCCUUCGCAUGCAUAAAACUGUACAAUCUCAAAUAAUGGUGUAUGAUAGUGCCCUCAAUUCUUAUGCCGCGCGCGAUAGCAAAAGAGCAGUAAACCAAGAUAUAAGAUGCAAGGACGAAAAUACUGAGGACCCGCCUACAGCCGUCAGCAAAGAUAUAUCCGCAAAAGAAAGACUAAACAUAAUGAGACAUAACGUCGUUCAAGUACUUUUAAAUUCCACUGUCAUGCCAUUUAGAUGGCUUAAAAGUUCCUACAGAUGUUUCUACUGUUACGAUAUAUUUAGUGAACCUAAAGACCUCAAAAAUCACAACGAAAUGGUACAUGUUAACAACGACGAAGAGAUAUCCAAGUCCAUGAAGACGUACUGGGAACCGACAGUAUUCAUCGACAUCUCCAAUAUGUCUUGUAAAUUGUGUCCAGAAAUCAUAACAGACUUCUUCAGUUUAAUAGACCAUUUGAUGUUUGUACACGAUAUGCCGUUUAACAAAGAUGUAGGCAUUUGUAUGAAUCCAUUUAAACUAUAUAAUAUAUCGGCAGCGUGCGUCUUAUGCGAUAAAGUUUAUAGUACGUUUGGCCAUCUCUUAGUCCACACAAAUAGAGAUCACAAAGGUUGCUCGCAGCUUCUAUGUGAUAUUUGUGGGCAACAUUUUCGUAACAUACAGAAUUUACGCGAUCACAACAAUAAAGAGCAUGGAGGCAAGGAAAUCGUUUGCUCGCUGUGCGGGGAGAAAAUAAACGGCAUAAAUAGAAUGAGAACGCAUAUGCAGAACUCUCAUAAUAAGAGGUACAAGUGUUUCAUAUGCACUGACUUGUUCGACACUCACUAUAAGAGAGCACUUCAUAUGAUGACUGAGCACAAUGAUGAGACAUCUGAGAGAGAGACAUAUGCAAGAGAAGAACGCGGUGUGCACAGUUUGUGGGUGGAAGUGCUUCGGUGA